AAGUUUCAGAUACCCCAUGCCACAUCAAAAAUACGUGGAUGACACCCGUAGGGUGUAUUCCCCAGUUCCAUCGCCAUCAUAUCAUAAUGGAAGGAGUAUGGUUUCAAGUGAUAUGUAUACAUACACUACUGAUACUAAUGUUACCGAUUCCGAGUAUGCUAACCGUGCUGGAUGUGGAGUUUGGGCAAAAUAUGGGAUUUUCACUGCAAACAUCGUAUUUUUAAUAGUUGGAGGGUUGCUUCUUGCCAUGGGAGUUUGGCUCAGGACGGACAGUCGAUUCAGAAAUUUUAUUAGUGAACGAUACCGCCAAGCCGUUCAAGAAGCCUUUUGGGAGGCGCCUACGCUAUUCGCCUUCUCCUAUAUUAUUAUAGUUUUGGGAGCAGUUAUGAUGGUUGUUGCAAUGUUAGGUUGCUGUGGAAUAACCGGAAGAUCUCGUCCAUUCCUUAUUAUCUACUCCAUGGUAGUUUUUCUAUUGCUGGUGGCGACAUUAAGCUGUGGUAUAUAUCUUUUGUACAAAAAGGACGGGCUCGACGUGGAAUUAUCCGACGCCUUAAACUACAUGGUUCAGCACUACUAUCAGGGUCCUGGAGUUGUUCAGGAGUCUCUGGACCACUUGCAAACCGCUUUUAGGUGUUGUGGAAACGCCGGUUGCUCCGAUUUCCGAGUUUUUCGACAGGAUAUUCCCAGAUCCUGUGAUAUACGUUGUGAUGGAUGCCAUUUUCGAAUAAUGAUAGCUCUUCGAAUUGGCUUCUCGGUCACCUUAAUUGUAUUUUCUGCUGUUGUAUUGUGCCAAGUACUCACUAUUUGCUUUGCGUUGUAUUUUGUAUUUAUGAGGGAGAAGGAAGUUAAAAUUAUCUACGUAGAACCUCCACAUCGCCGUCAUAGUCACCGAUUAACACGGGAUACCCUCCGCGACCAUGACCUUCCAUUUCAACUGCAACCGAAAAAACCAAGGAGAUAUGCUUCCAAGGAGAGAUAUUAGAUUUUUUUUGGCAAAAAAUUUAUUUGUAUAUUUUAUUAAAAAUUUUAUUGAAAUAAACGGGUUUAACUUAUUCGCAUAUAAAA